UAAUAUGUAUGUCUAUUGGUUAUGUCUAAAUUAGUUAAAGGAAUAUUUUGAUGAAUAAUUAUCCUACUAAACAUUUCAUUUCGCACACUGUGGCAACGGCGUCGGGAGCAUCAUCGACUCGAUACGGCAGCUGCCGAUCGAUGGUGAGUCGCACCACACAUGCCCCGUGCAAAACUGGUUCACGACGCGCCCCGGCAAACCACGUGAGGGACGCCGUAACCGACAACGAGGAUACAUCCACCGUAUAUAGGAAUGCCGAUAUCAUUGUCGCGUAUCAGUUCACAGCUUGAAAUGAUGGCGACACUUUCGUGACAUAUGUGGGAAGGCAGGCUUAAGACAGUGACAGACAGAUCAAUUCUUGUACAUCUCUGUUUUUCAUUUUUAUAGUAGGAACUUUUCAAAGAAAAAUAGACAAUUAACCUGAAUUUUGCAAUAAUAUUGUAGUGAACAGAAAACACAAGACUACCAUAAAGGUACCUCCAACUAUUAAAGUCGUUGAAUAACUACAACUGUUAAGUAUGCCUGGGAAUCAAGAUCUUACCAAGCUGGCCAGGAGGGCACGUCUAGUACCGUUUAAACAAGAUGACCCAGAACUAUGGUUUAGCCUUGUCGAACAGAUGUUCAAACUGCGAGGCAUUAAAAGCGACUCGAUCAAAUUUGCUAUCGUUUCUCUGGCACUAACCCAAGAUGUCUUAACGGAGAUCCGUGACAUUAUUACAUCGACGCCCGUGGACAACUCAUACGAAAAAUUGAAAUUGCAAGUCAUCAAACAUCGUCUGGAGAAAGAAGAAAUGGAAGACAUGAAACCGUCAGAGUUUCUACGUCACCUCCGGAGAUUCGCCAGUGGACCAUCGACAGAUGAAAUAGUACGGAGUGUUUGGAUCAGCCGCCUUCCAGAAAAUUACCAGAGAGUGUUGAAAGACUGUAAUGAUUGUACUCUAGAGCAACUGAGUUAUGUAGCCGAUACUUUAAUUUUGAUAAUCCAGGAUAUUCAAAAGAAUAUAGAGGAAUUGAUUGCUAAAUUAGCAACUCCAGUAUCAGACAAUGUCUGCUGGUAUCAUGGCAAAUUUGGUUCUGAAGCUAGACAAUGUCAGCAACCAUGUUCAUAUAAUGGUUGAAAUUAGUACUACUAGUAUCAUUUUGACCCUUUCCUUGUGAAGAAAUUUUAAAGAUAAUCAAAUAAAUAACAAAUAUAUCAUA